AGACAAUCACACAUCAAUAGAGAGGAUCACACCGAGUGAUCUUCAUUGCACCGAGCAAUCUAAAGGUCUCACACCUUGCUGCUAUGUUACAGCACUUUGUUCUAAACCAGAACAGCACAAAUUAUCAAAAUUAAGUAAUAGCUGUAUAUCUUAUCAGCUCCCAUCAAUCUCCAACUAAUAUAAUCAGUGUAACUCACUCCUAUGUUAUCCAAUAUAGCUGUAUAUUUAAUCAGCUCCCAUGAAUCUCCGAUGGGUUAAAUCUCCAUAACAGUAAGAACAAAUAUUUCUAUGCGCCGAGCAAUAACGUAGUACAAAGCAACAAAUCUGAUCAGUGUAACCCACUAAGUUAUCCAAAAUAGCUGUAUAAUUAAUCAGCUCCCAUGAAUCUCCGAUGGGUAAAAUUGUCCAUUCCAUUAAGAACAAAAAUUUCUAUGCACCAAGCAAUAAUGUAGCACAAAGCAACUGCUAUAGUAAUGCACAACUUUUAAUCUUAUCCAAUAUAGCCGUAUAUCCUGUCGGCUCCCAUGAAUCUCCGAUGGGUAUAGCUCUACUUAGCUGUAAAAUCAAAUGUUUCAAUGGACUGAGCAAUCUUGAAGUACAAAGCAACUUAAACAGUAGUUAUUACAGUAACUUGCUUUACAAUAAAGAAAUGGCGUAUAAAGUAAAGGAUCCAGAAGACGUUUGUUUCAAAAACUGAACCUUAGAUGCAAGCCUGACAAUCUUAAGACUUGACUCAACUUCUCGGAGACCCAACCUGAAAACCUAUCAUAUUAUACUUUUUAUUAUAGGAUACAGGAGGUCUGACCUCACCAAACUGAAGUAGAGAUAAACAGAGGCCAAGUCUACACCUAGUUAUAAAUGAGCUUGAAAAUUAUGUUAAAAUGAACUACAGUACAUUAAUUUGCGUAAAAUUAAGAUUUUAAAAGUAAAUUGUUGGUCGUCCACUCGCUUAGCUGAGAAUGAACUUACCUAUUCAUUACGUACUUAUCCCUAAUAUC